AUGAAUGAAAUACAACAACCAAUGAUCGUCCAUCUAUUUGAUGAUAAAGUUUUUAUGAAGACAUAUCUUAACCAGUAUGUUUUACUGAUUAAAUACAAUUACAUGGUAUGUCUUAGAAGAAUUUGUUCAUCUAUAUAUCUUUUCUUAAGUAACAAUGUCACAAUCUUUGAUUCUAAGAGGGUUGAAACUAUAAUACAAGAGCAUGUUAAAAAACAUCCAAUUUUAAAAUACUAUUAUGAUAUGUUUGUGUUUGAUGAAAUAAUAAAAUCAGGACAUUGUAUAUCUGAAUUAGAAGUUGUUCUAGAAAGAAUAUUUGAAUAA